UUGACUUGUUUUUACUGAAACUCAUCAUGUGUGUGACUGUGAGGAAAAAUGGGGUCCGCAGGGAAGGGGUGGCAUCCACUAAAAAGUGGUGGUCACUUGAGUAAUCACACAGAACAUAAGUGAGUAAGUGGCCAUGACUGCUGACACUUUGUUGCCUUCGUGCUUGAAGUUAGUGUGCCACCGCCUCGCAAUCCUAGCUUUGGGCUUGAAGGAUCAACAUGGACACAAGUGAAGAUGCCCAAAAGUACCCGAGCAAGGAGCAGCUAUGGUCUGUAUUGUCAUCAGGCCUAUUUAGUCACUUGACGUGACUCACGUUACAAUCUGUUCAACAAGGCGGACAUCUUCUUGCAUGGGACAUCUUCACACGCAAAAACAUUCCCUCUGAAUCCCCCCACGGUUUGCUAUUUUUCACCGUUAUUAAUCAGAGCAAAGGGAAAGAUGACCUUUCACUGACGUUUAUUUUUGGGAACGGCAUCGGGAAGAAUGCGGGAGCAGCUGUUCUAUUCCUGCUGGUACAGAAAGCGCACACCCCCACCCCGUGAAUUCCAGUCUGCCACUGGCUUUACUCAUACGUGUAUCUGAGCGCUAUAUAGUAUAAAUAACAACAGCACAGGGGGUGUCCAAAGUGUGGCACAGGGGCAGUUUGCGGUCUGCAGCUGUUUUUUUUUGGGGGUUUUUUAAUUGACCCAUGACAACGGAAUCACUAGGGUCCAUCAGAGAGUAUGUAUAGGCAAUAACCCCCAUGCGGCCCCGCCCCACCCAUGUGUGAUGGCCCUCACCUCCUGGUCCCGGCCUUGAUAUAGAUGAGCGUAUAAGGUGCGACUACUAGCACUUCGCUUCAGGUAAGGAAUUCGACCCAAAAAAUUUUGCUUGUUCAAUAAACAAAAGUUGAAGAAUAUUAAAGGUAAUUUUCCUGUAUUGUAUAAAGUAUUGAGACAGUUUAUCGCUAAUUUCUUUUCCCACUAAGUCAGAGUCUACAUUGCGGUCUGAGUAUUGCUCCCACACUGCAUUGCGGUUUUUAAAAAUAAUUAAUUAAUUUGAUUUAAUUAAUUAGAUUAUCACUAUUUUGUGCUUGAUUGUGACCCUUUAUUAGUCAAGAAAAUGUUGAAAUAAAGUUAUAUUUACUUGACAUGACAUCAAAUUAGGUUACCAUCACACAGCAUGGAGUUAACUAACAGAGUAAAAAAAAGUUCUCCUCCAGUUUUGUGUGGAAGUGGUACAUUACUUACAUUGUCUUUCUGCCCAAAUCCUUUUGAAACCCGUUCCUGAGUUUAAAAUAAACUUACCACUCUUUGCCACUUCCUGCAUGGUGAUAUCCAGCUAUGUUUGCAGGUGAUUCUCCAUAUUUUUUUUCCAGUGUAACCUUGUCCAUUUUGUGAAUUAGCAACCCCAGACAAGAAGAGAUCUGUUCAUUAGAUACUAAGUGAAGACGUCUAACCUGUUGCGUGAUAAUCACCUCCUCUGUCUGCCAAUUUAAAAAAACAAAAAAACAUUUCCUUUGAUUGUUACGCUUGUUAAACCGCCUUGCAGCAGCCAUUCCUGCACAACAGCAAUAUUUACCUCGCCUUAUGUGACACAGACACCAUCAUGGCGAGCCUCCCCAAAGACCCACCAGAGGACACCACCAAACAAAGCUUCUGGAUGCCUGGGAAUUAUGCGGGUACGGUGCACAGAACCCAGCAGUCCUACCAGGUAUGCAACGACAUCAUGGCGUGCUUCACGGAGAGGGCCAAGGUGGAAAAGCAGUACGCUCAGCAGCUCAGCCAGUGGAGCAACAAGUGGAAGUCCAUGGUGGAUUCACGACGGCUUUACGGCUCCCUCAUGACGGCCUGGCAGAGCUUCUUCACCUCCACCGAGCGGCUGGCCGCCCUCCACUCAUCCAUCUCGCAAUCUCUCACUAGAGACGAAGGUGAACGGGUGAAGACCUGGCAGAGAGAGUCCUUUCCCAAAAAACUCUUCUGUGGGUUCCGAGAGAGCCACAACAACAAGACGAAUUUUUCACGAACGCAGAAACCCUGGAAACAAAAGCUGACUAAGCUGGAGAAGGCCCGGCUCAUGUACCACAAGUCAUGUCAAAAGGAGCUGGGCGCCGUGGACAAGGAGAAACAAGCAAGCGACAACCCUGAUUUGAGUCCAGAAAAAAAGCAGAAAGUGACGGAGGCUAGAGAGAUCGCCACAGAAGCCAAAGAGAAGGCCCGCGAGCGCUACGAGAAAACCCUGGAGGACGUCACAAGCUACACGCCGCGCUACAUGGAAGAGAUGGAGGCCAUUUUUGAGCAGUCGCAAGAGGAAGAGAGGAAACGCAUCAGCUUCUUGAAGCAGGCCUUCCUCUCCAUCCACCGACAUCUUGACAUCACCAACAACGAAGACAUGAAGGCGGUCUACAAUGAACUCCACCAGACGCUCAUGUCCAUCAAUGAGAUGGAGGACCUGAAAUGGUGGAGGAACAACCACGGCCCUGGCAUGCUCACCAACUGGCCAAAGAUUGAGGAGUGGGUUCCACCUGUGAAAAAGCUGAAAAGAAAAAAGAGAGAGCAAAAAGGCAAAGAGGGUCGUCCAGUGAUGAUCGGAGGCGUCAAGGUGCGAGCCCUGUACGACUACGUUGGGGAGGAGGGUGAUGAGCUCUCUUUUAAAGCAGGUGAGGAGUUCCUGAAGGUGGAGGAGGAAGAUGACCAGGGAUGGUGCCGGGGGGUCCUCAGUGGAGGAAAGGAAGGUUUUUACCCAGCCAAUUAUGUCGAACUUGUUGAAUGACUUCCCAAACUACCAUGUCCUAUUCAAAUUAUCAUACAGUAUUUACGAGUCAAUUUUGCCACACUUUCAAUUGAAACAAUAUUUAGAAUACUAACUUGUGGGUGUGUACAUUCAAAACAAUUUAAAAGAAAGAGGGUUGUAUUUAUUAGACAAAACGCCAAUAAAGUUUUUUUCCCGGGCGCAGGUUUACAAUGGUACUAUAUGUAUUGAUCGCACGGUUAAUGUUUACUAGAUUAAUAUCAAAGGGAUUGAAAAUAAAAAUAUGUUUUGCAAACA